GGAUAGGGUGAAUGAAACAGAGACUGAAAGUUGCAAUAAGUGAUAAGUGAUGUGAUGAAAAAAAUAAGAGAAACAAAUAAAAUUUGGAAGAAGAUAAUUCUUAACAUGUUUCUAGGCUUCAGUGGUAUGAUUCUAUCUGUUUCACUUAAAGAAAGGGAUACAACAACAUAUACAAUCAUUUUUUCUCAUAUCACAGAUACACAAAAUUGUACAGCUACAUAACAGUGCUCUUCAGCUAUAAAACAAACACAACCUUCAGAAGGUAACAAACCCAAUACCCUUUGAACUGCUUCAAUGGAGGCAUGACUUAUACCUGCCCAAAGGAUUAUUACCCUACAAAGUUUGCGCAAGAUCAAGAUUCAUCAACAGCAUCAACAUGUCCAGAGUACUUCAAAUGGAUCCAUGAAGAUCUAAAACCAUGGAAGAGAACAGGAAUCACUAGGGAAAUGAUGGAGAGGGGAAGAAAUGUUUCAUACUUUAGGCUUGUGAUUAUACAAGGAAAAGCUUAUGCAAAAAAGUAUGCGGAUUCGUAUGAGACAAGGGAUGUGUUCACAGUAUGGGGAAUUCUACAACUUCUAAGGUUGUAUCCUGGAGAUAUACCUGAUUUGGAGCUAUUAUUAGAGACCGGGGACAAGCCUAUGGUGGAUAAAGAACAAUCCCAAGGACCACCACCACCUAUUUUUCAUUAUUGCGGGCAUAAAAAUGCUUAUGACAUUGUUUUUCCUGAUUGGAUCUUCCGGGGUUGGGCUGAUCUUGCAAUAAAGCUAGAUGAAAGCAACAAGAAGAUCAAAUGGAAGGAUAGGUUACCCUAUGCUAUUUGGAAGGGAAAAACAUGGGUGUCCCACAAAAGGAAUGAUCUCACAAAGUGCAACGCUUCAGACCAACAUGAUUCGUACGCUCAAAUACAUCCUCUGGUAAAUGUGUAAUGUCAAAUGAAAAUAUUACACAUAGUAUGUGAAAACCUUUGAGAUACAUAUAAUGAAUCGUUAAUUUUUAGCACUGGGAUAAGGAAAUUGCACAAGGGUUCCAGAACACAAAGCUAGAUGACCAGUGUAUACAAAGGUAAUUAACUAUAUAUCUAAUAAGUUUCUAUAACUUGCUAUUGUGAUUUCCUGAUUUGUUAUCUUUAGUUAAGUCACUCGAUCACUAUCUAGAUUUAGAUUUGCUUGUGUCACUUUUCAUACGAAGGUACAAGAUUUAUGUGGAAGGGAUAGCAUGGUCUGUGAUUGAGAAUUAUAUAUUAGCAUAUGACUCCAUGACCUUGUUCAUAGAGCCUAUAUAUUAUGAUUUCUUUACAAGAAGCUUAGUACCUAGGAAGCAGUACUAUUGGCCAA